GGAUCUCACCAAGAAACGCGCUUUCAAAGACUUUCAAAGUUAAUGCACUAAAUACAGCUGUGACUUUAAAGAAAACAAUUAUUAUAUUAGUAUUUUAGAUCUUAACCCAAUAAAAGAAAUCAACUUUGGAUUGGAUCGAUCCUAAACUGCCCAAGCAGAUCACCCUUGCUAACCCCAGAUCAUUUAUUAAAAAAAACAAAGGCCGUUUUCAGUUUUUUUGGGGUCUGAAAUUUUCAGUCUUUAAUCUUUAUUUUGGAAGAAUCUGUUGGGGAUGAUAAUGUUUCUUGGCUGGUGUUUCUCUUUUAAGUUUCUUGGAGCAUAAGUGUGGAUCUUUUAGUGAUUCACUGAUUUUUUCUAUAUUUGGAAACUCAGCUUUAAAAUAUUUGGAUUUUGCGAGUUUCUUUUAAUGGAAAAUUCAAGAAACAGGAGAGUGGAGAAGAGAGGUUAUGAGCAGAGUGUUGAAGAUGAAUCUGACCACUUGCCUGAUCCAAAGAAGGCAAAGUUGCCUGCUUUAGCAAGUGUUAUUGUGGAAGCUUUGAAGGUGGAUAGUUUGCAAAGACUUUGCUCAUCUUUGGAACCUUUGUUUCGCAGAAUUGUUAGCGAAGAAGUGGAGCGUGCUCUGACAAGAUUGGGUCAUGCUAAGUUGGCUACAAGGUCACCACCAAAAAUCCAAGGGCCAGAAGGAAAAAGGCUGCAACUUCAUUUCAGAACAAGAAUGCCUCCUCACUUAUUCACAGGUGGGAAGGUUGACGGGGAACAAGGAGCAGCUAUCCAUGUUGUCCUACUAGAUGCGAGCACAGGCUGUGUUGUGCAAGCUGGACAAGAAUCUGCAGCCAAACUAAAUGUUGUGGUUCUGGAAGGUGACUUUAACGAGGAGGCCGAUGAAGAUUGGACCUUAGAACACUUUGAAAGCCAUGAAGUGAAAGAACGUGAAGGGAAAAGACCUCUGCUGACUGGAGAGCUACAGGUGACUCUCAAGGAAGGGGUAGGAACUCUUGGAGAUCUUACUUUCACUGAUAAUUCUAGCUGGAUAAGAAGCAGAAAGUUCAGGCUUGGUCUUAAGGUUUCUCCUGGAUAUUGUGAAGGUAUUCGUGUUCGUGAGGCUAAAACAGAGGCAUUUGCUGUUAAAGAUCACCGAGGAGAAUUGUACAAGAAACACUAUCCACCUGCUUUGCAUGAUGAAGUUUGGAGACUGGAUAGAAUAGCAAAGGAUGGAGCUCUGCACAAAAAAUUGGUAAAAGCUCAAAUUGUAACAGUUGAAGAUUUUCUUCGGGUUCUUGUCAGGGAUCCACAGAAACUGAGAAAUAUUCUAGGAAGUGGAAUGUCCAAUAGGAUGUGGGAGAAUACUGUGGAGCAUGCUAAGACCUGUGUCUUGGGAGGAAAGCUUUAUGUUUAUUAUGCGGAAGCGUCUAAUAGCACUGGUGUUGUUUUCAACCAUAUUUAUGAACUCAGAGGCCUUAUUACUGAUGGGCAGUUCCUCGCUUUGGAAUCUCUUACCCACAAUCAAAAGGUUUCAGUGGAUUCUCUAGUGAAGCAAGCAUAUGAAAAUUGGCAUCAAGUAAUGGAAUAUGAUGGAAAAGUCUUGAACACCCUAAUGAACACUAAGAAUGGGAGAAGAACCUCGGUUGCACCUAUAGUCGACAACUAUGACACAAAUCACUAUAUUACUUCUAACCAAAACAGGCAACAGCAAUAUAUCUCAUCAGAAGAAGGUCUACAAAGCCAAGCUGUAAAUAACCACACAUCAGUUCCUCAGUUGAUUGAGUUUCCAUUUGUUCGGUCUGAUCAUGAUGCAGUAAUGACACUAAAUAAUCAACAGGUAGCAACAGCUGGUAGCAGCAUGGAUCACAUGUCAGUUGCGACUCCCGGUACUUACUUUUCAGGAGACUGGUCUCAGACAAGGAAUGGGCAAGGACUGGAAGAUUAUUUUGCAGAAGAAAUCCGGCUGAGGAGUACAGAGAUGUUAGAGAGUGGUGACAUGCAGAGACUUUUAAAAACGUUCGGUAUGGGCAUUGGAGUUGGAAUGGGAAAUGGUUUUGGAAGUUCUGAUGAGGGUUGCUAUUCUUACAGUAUUCAAGCAUAUGAACCUCAAAUGGAUCAAGUAUAUGCACAGGAACGGAGCAGAGGCUCCGGCAAGGCUGUUGUAGGAUGGCUUAAGCUGAAAGCAGCUUUGCGCUGGGGGAUAUUUAUAAGGAAGAGAGCUGCAGAGAGAAGAGCUCAGCUAGUUGAGCUUGACUGAGUUGAAUUCAAUGUAUGAUCUAAUUUUAACCAUUAGAUCUUUUGUAUUGUCCCUGUUUAAAGGCAUUUGAAUUCUUUAAUUAUCCUUUUGAUUGAUGACAAGAUAUGCGUUGGGGUGACUUCAUGAAUA